GCGUCGGGCGCUGUCUGUGGAAGAGGAAAGCCGGCCGGGAGGACGGCCCCCGCCUCGCGUACCCCGACUUGACUCGCCGGCACGGGGGGAUCCUUCCUUCUCACCACACAGCAGUGGGGCGCACGGAAGCUGUCGGGUCCUCGGCUGGAAGGGAAAGGCCGCGAGCAGGAAGGCGGGAGGAGGGCGCGCUUGCUUCCCCUCCCCCACCCCCCAUCCCCACCCCCACCCCCCCGCCUCUUCUGCUCCUUCUGCUCCUUUCUCUCGUUCAAGGCAUGACUUAAGUUCUUCAUGUUGGCCCCGCGGGUGCAGGCCGCUGCCCUGAAAGGCUUUGUGGCCUUUGCAGGCGAACUUGCUCAGCUGCGCAGCGCCGGGGCCGCGCGCAGGGGGGCUUCGGUAAACGUGUGUAGACUGGGAGGGAGCCGCUUCGUGCGCGGCAGAGAUUUACAUUUCCUGAUCGUUGCUCGCUCUUUGUGUUCCCUAUGGAGUCGUUCGUUUUUUUCAUCAGUUUAUUUAUUGAAUGACCGACUACCUUGUGUGAAAUUUUGUUGGCUCGGAGGUCGCUGCAGUAAACAGAACAAGAGAAAUCUCUGGGACUUCCUAGGUGGCGCAGUGGUAAAGAAUCCGCCUGCCAAUUCAGGGGACCCGGGUUCGAGCCCUGCCUUGGGAAGAUUCCACAUGCCACAGAGCAGCUAGGCCCGUGCACCACAACUAUUGAGCCUGUGCUCUAGAGCCUGUGAGCCACAACUACUGAGCCCAUGCGCCGCAACUAUUGAAGCCCACGCACCUAGGGCCCAGUGCUCCACAACAAGAGAAGCCACUACAAUGAGAAGCCUGUGCACCACAAUGAAGAGUAGCCCCCGCUCGCAGCAACGAAGACUCAACGCAGCCAAUAAAUAAAGUAAAUAAAUAAAAUUAAAAAAAAAAAAAAAAAAAAAAAAUCUCUGCCCCCAGGGAGCUUACCUCCUAGUCAGGGGCGCGAGCCAGUGAGCGAGUGAAACAUAAGCACAUUAGAAUGUGAUGUGAGAAAAAAUUUUCUCUCUGGAGAUUGGCUCCGGCUGGGGCAAGUGGCAGGUGCUUAGCAGCAUGGCACUGAUUUAAGCGGGUACCUGACGGACCAGUGCCGAAGAGCUGAGGGGAAGGGUGAGUCAGCGUGAAAGAAUAGCCUAGGUGAAGACCCAGAGUUGGAAGGGAGCACGAUUCCAUAGAAGAAAGAAGCCCAUUGAAGCUGGGGCCAUGAGAGCAAUAAAAGGCCAGUGCCAGAUAGAUCUGGAGAGGAACAGAGGAGCCCAGAUCAUGCAGGCCCUAUGCUCCAAGUUAAGAAUUUUAGUUUUUCUCCCAAGUUAGUGGGGAACCGUUAAAGGGUUUUAAGGAGAGUCAUGAUGAGGUUUUCAAUUUUAAAAGGUGAGUCCUUCAUUUCAAAAAGAUCACUUUUAAUUUGGAAGUUGUUAGAGUAGUUCCAGCAAGAAACAACAGCUGAUUUUCAUUGAACUCUUAGGAAUCAUAAUCAUCUUCUAAAAAAAUCAUUACAAAAAUUCAUGUUGAGGGACUUCCCUGGUGGUGCAGUGGUUAAGAAUCCACCUGCCAGUUCAGGGGACAUGGUUCAAGCCCUGGUCCGGGAAGAUUCCACAUGCUGUGGAGCAACUAAGCCCAUAUGCCACAACUACUGAGCCUGUGCUCUAGAGCCUGCAAGCCAGAACUAUUGAGCCCAUGUGCUGCAACUACUGAAGGCUGCUCAGCUAGAGCCUGUGCUCCACAACAAGAGAAGCCACUGUGAUAAGAAGCCCGUGCACCACAAUGAAGAGUUAGCCCCUGCUUGCCGCAAGUAGAGAAAGCCCACAUGCAGCAACGAAGACCCAACUCAGGCAAUAAAUAAAUAAGUAAAUAAUAAAAUUCAAAACAAAAAAGAAAAAAAAAGAACCAACACCUAGAUUCAGCAUGGUGUGGGGGGAGAUGAAAAUUGAAGGUAAAAUCCACAGGACCUGGUGAUGGUUUGAAUUGGGGGAAUACUGAUGUCAGGAUGAAAAAGGAAGCAGAAAUGACUCCUGAGUUGCUAGUAUUGAGGAAUGAGAAGCCAUAAUAGCACGAAAGCACUGGAUUCUACAUAAGCGGAGCCCUAUCUUAUCUAUGUGGGGCACACUUAACUAUGUCCCAGGCCUAAAAAAUGGAAAAAUAAAGAAGCAACGACACAGCAAAAAACCAAAAUCUUGACACCACGCUACUUCCUCCUGAGACUGCCCUAGUACCAGAAAAUUUGGCUAGUUUGGAGUAUCUUUUUUUCAGUUUACAUAAAGAUUCUUUAAUUUUUGCACAUAAGAUGUUUGUUGCAUGGGACAUACUUGUACCACCCUCCUCAGGAUCACUUUAUUGUGGACAAAAUCAUGCUGGAAACUUACCCUUCACUAUUCAUUCAGUUUAGAGCAAAAUUCUCCAUGGGGUGUUCUCAUUGUAAAGCUUAUUAAAGCAGGAAGGACUUUGGUUUACUGAGGAAGGGUAACAUCUUGAUAGCAGUAUUCAACUGAUUUUCAGGAUAAAUACAGUUUUUCUAAGUGCAAUCUCAGCUGUUUUUCCAAGUCUGGGAGCAAUAAAUUCUGUUACUCUGGCAGCCAUCAAGUUAAGUGGAGCCAUUCGAUUACAUACUUUAGUAAUCAGAGUAACAGGAAAGUGAAUCUGCUAUAUAAAGGUUACCAGUUAAUACUCAGAGUACAAUUAAAGCCAUGCAAAAGCCAUGUUGGACAUUAAUUUACCUUAAGAAACUCAAAGAUUGUAUUUGCUGAUAAUUAAGCUGACUACUUAAUAGACCUGUGCCACAUGAUGGCAGUAGUUCUUCCAUCUCUGGGACUGCUCUGCUAAGCAAAAAGGGGAUAAGCCACAGCUCUUGUAAUUCUUUUUCUCUUAAUGAAAGGGCAUAGAAAUAACUUAAAUGUCAUGCAACACUCCCUUAAACUAAUCUCAAUGUUUUCUUCCCACUUUAGGUGAUUGCAUUUUUGUGAGAUUAUAAAUGUACCAAGGAGGUUAACAGAACUAACUCAAGAAGAAUGGAAGAAGGUCAACUGGAAGCCUCAACUCUUCCUCCAAAAGUUUGGCAUUCUGAGGUGACAGUGUCAGUGACAGGUGAACCACCUACUGCUGUAGAAGAAAAUGCAGAAACAGCCAAAGAAACAGCCAUAGACAUCAUCCCAGAAAUCAUGAAGCCACUCUCCAUUCUAGAUGUGCUGAGGAUCUCUGCAGUUCUGGAGGAUACCACAGACCAGCUCUCUAUCCUAAACUAUAUCAUGCCGAUUCAGUAUGACAAAAGACAAGGCGUCAGUGUGAAGAAUAAAGAAAUGCAUUUAGAAGGAAAAAGCUUAGAAAAACUUUCAUUGGUCUCAAAACCCUCAAAAAUAUCCGGUCCAUUCUUACAUAAAGAAGAACCCAAGUUGCCAGAAAUCACACAAGGAGGCCAGUUUAACAAAGUGCAUGAUCUUAUCUUCAAAAAACCCACAAGGCAGGCCAUAAUGAAUACAGAGACACUGAAGAAAAUCCAGAUUGACAGGCAGUUUUUCAGUGAUGUAAUUACGGAAACCGUGCAGGAGUUGCAAGAUUCAGGCACUUUCACCAAUCUCCUGAAAGCUUUGGGCAAAGAGAGGGAAAACAAAAUGCAUUUCUAUGAUAUCAUUGCCAGGGAGGAAAAUGGAAGAAAAAAGAUAAAAUCUCUUCAAAAACAGCUACUUAAUGUCAAAAGAGAAAGGCAAGCUGAAGUACAGAGUCGGAAUGAAUAUAUUGCUCACCUCAAGGACCAGUUGCAAGAGAUGAAGGCAAAAACCAACAUGGAGAAUCGCUAUAUGAAGAAAAACACUGAGCUGCAGAUUUCCCAAACCCAGAAAAAAUGUGGCAAAGCAGAGGAGCUUUUGCUGGAAGAGGUUGAGAGACUAAGGCUGAAAACUGAAGAAGAGAACCAGAUUCAUGCAGAGAUUGAAAUAUUCCUUAGAAAGGAGCAGCAGAAACUUGAGGAGAAGCUAGAGUUCUGGAUGGAGAAAUUUGAUAAGGACACAGAAAUGAAACAGAAUGAACUAAAUGCUCUCAAAGCUGCUAAGGCCAGUGACUUAGCACACCUUCAAGAACUUGCAAAAACGAUAAGGGAAUAUGAACAGGUCAUCAUUGAAGAUCGUAUAGAAAAGGAGAAGACCCGGAAGAAGAUACAACAGGAUGACUUGGAAUUGAAGAGCAUCAUAAAGCUCCAGGCCUGGUGGCGAGGCACUGUGGUGCGGAAGGAAAUCGGUGCUUUCAAAAUGCCCAAGGAGGACAAAGAUGACAGCAAGGGUUCAAAAGGCAAAGACAAGGACAAGGACAAGCGGAGAGGCAAGAAGUGACCAAAUUAUCUUCUAUCUUUUCUGCUGGUGUCCUGAAGACGGGAAGGAGGACCUGAAGAGAGUAAGAAACAUCUCUUACCGUCACAGAUAACUCAUCUCUAGGUUGUUUCUUAUUUGGACAUUCCCAGGUGAGGCCUCGUUAUGCUAGAUAUACUAGGUUACCUUGCCUGUUAUACCAGUUUUCAAACCCUGAAUUAGGACUAUACUGUGGAUUUAGGGCGUCUUCAUAAUUUGGAAAAAAAAAAAAUUGCUGGGAAGAUAUAUUUCUAGGAGUCUCGUGAGGAUCCCUCUUGCUCUUUCUCACCAGAAAAGCAGCACAUGACCUUAUAGUGAUGCAUUCUAACUGCAGUGAUUCCUGUAA